AAGUAAUCUAAACACUCUCAAAAGCUUUACAACUACUACCUGAAAAUGGCCCGCACUAAGCAAACUGCUCGCAAGUCCACCGGUGGCAAGGCCCCCCGCAAGCAGCUGGCCACCAAGGCCGCUCGCAAGACUCCUGCUACUGGCGGUGUUAAGAAGCCUCACCGGUACCGCCCGGGGACGGUCGCUCUGCGUGAGAUUAGGAAGUAUCAGAAGAGCACUGAGCUUUUGAUUCGUAAGCUACCCUUCCAGCGCCUGGUGAGGGAGAUUGCUCAGGACUUCAAGACCGACCUGCGCUUCCAGAGCCAGGCGGUGCUGGCUCUUCAGGAGGCAGCUGAGGCUUACCUGGUCGGCCUGUUCGAGGACACCAACCUGUGCGCUAUCCACGCCAAGCGUGUCACCAUCAUGCCGAAGGACAUUCAGCUGGCCCGUCGCAUCCGUGGCGAGCGCGCUUAAAGGCAGACUCAUCUUAUUAUACAAAAAAACGGUGUUUUUCAACACCACCUUUUUGGGACGUACGAUGUCAGGCCUUGUGUUUCAGGGUUUGGGUCCUGGAGAACGUUCCGGAGAAGUAUCAUCUGUUCUUGGCAGGCAAGUUACGUCUCCAAGAUCAUUUGGAUUCUUUCCCAGAGAAUUCCCGCACAUUUUCCAUACACACCCUUCUAUGCUAGUUUGCACGUGAACAUGUUUCAAUGAAAAUGACGAGCUCUUCCUCAGUCCAACCUUGCAUUCGAAUUACGUUAUGGUAAUAGUCCAUUUGCACAGGGUCGUAGGACGGGGUUCCCACAGCUCGCUCCAGAUUGCUACGGGACGCAGCAUGGCUAUUUCGCUCUUGUAGGUGGUCCCCUGUCAGCCCCCCAAUCCCACAAUCACCGCAAGGGUGGUGCAUCCAAAACGGGUCACUCCACAAACUUCAAGACAUGAUGGUGUGGUCAAUUGCUGUAAAGUUACCAAACC